GCUAUUGGCGCCCAAGGUGAUAAAGGGGCGACGCCAGACUCUGACGUGUUGCUCUAAAUGUGUGCACUCAUCAACCACUAAUCCACUACGAAACCUUAUCACUAAUGUGUAUGCAUGUUCUUCUCCAUACAGACAUGGAUUAUCCUCCUCACUCUCUGGGUGCACUUCUCCCCCACCAUCACCCCAUUGUUGACCACUCAAGAUCACGUUACCGUGGUCAACCGCCAAGCCAACCUUAUUACUUGUUCCAAUGGAAUUUGAAUCCAUACCACCGGUACGGCCAGGCUUUAUCGGCUCUGCCCUGCGUGCGUCCACACAUGGCCCGGCGCCCCAACAUGUAUCCUGGGUAUGGGACGUCCCAGGCCAUUGGCUGCCCUGCAGACUAUAAACGGGGGUUUAACUCUCACAGCUCCUCGCCUGUUGCCCCAGGUUUUCAUAGGGGCUAUGCAAGGAAAAUGGGAAUGUCAGCGGAUCAGAGGGACCCGAGGGAUCCGCUCUGCAAGCUGGUUGAGCGUCUGGACAGGCUGAGCACGAAGGAGGAGGAGAAUGGGGACGGGGAGGAGGAAUACCUUCCCAAGGCUCCUCCACCUGGCCGGGGGACGCCUUGGUACCCCGGUAUGGGAGAGCUGAAGGAGACAGGUGUGAACCCCCAGGAGCACCGCCCCCUCAGGGAGCAGGGCCCCUGGGCCCUGAAGGCCGGCCCCCGCCCGCCCCAAAGCCAGGCGGUCUCUGGGAUCCAGGGGGCCUUUCCCCUCGACAGCUCUUCGGCAAAUGAGGAAGAGGAGGAGCCGCUCUGCCUGGUUGGCGCCGGGCACCCGAGUGUCUGGAGUUCAUCCAUCGACGGACAAUCCUCCGGGGAGGACGUCGGCCCUGCGGACGUCUCUGAAAGCGCGCUGAACCUCAACACCAACCAGGCCGUGUCCACGGGCGGCGGCAGGACGACCACGGAGAGGAAUGCCGCCGUCUGCCGCUCUUUGGAAGACGGGGGAAAGGAAAUCUGUGUCCCGCUGUCGGCCUCCCAGUCUGAGAGUCCUGAGGCCGACCCGGACGUCUGCGCUUGCUGCGGCGCCAGCCUGGAGGAGGAAGACGACUGCCCCGGCGACCCAGGGGAACACCUCCAUGGAAGCCCGUUUGAGGCUGCUCACGCGGGAAUGGCGUGCAGCUUUGUGGAAGAGAUGGCAACCAAUGAUAUGAGGGACGGCGCAGAGAUGAUGGGGAGCUGUCUGAUGCCCGGCCAGCUGGUGCAGCAUCAUUACUGGUACCCCUGUGUGUGUCCCCCUAACCCCCAUGCCCUUCCACCUCUUGGUCCUCGUCAUCCGACCAGAAGGUUGUGGAACAGAGCAGCAGGUCAGUGCCCAUGUGGUGAGCUGGAAGGGGCUCCACGCACCAUUCAUGACCCUAAGGGGAACCGAGGCUAUGAGCGAGCCCCCCACGACUGGCCCCCCUCUGGCCUGAGGAGCAAAGCUAAGGACCACAAACAGAAGAAACAGAGGGGCGGAGCUCAGCACAGGAGUUAUGAAGACAGCUGGGGAAACGGUUGUUCCAAAUACAGGCCAUGGUCUUCCAGACCAUAUCGAGGCCCAGAUGAUCAAGGCUCUCUCCAAAACGAAAGGCCUUCUUGGGAGAGCUUCUCCAGGAAUAUGCCCUGGAGAGCAGACCGCCAGUACAAAGAGGCCCCGGACUCUCCUUAUUGCAGGGGAAGAGGUAACACAAUGCUGUGCACAGAGGGUCCACUAAAAGAAGAGGCACUCGACAAUAAAUAUUGGCCCUGGCCUAUUAUUACACUUCUUCCUAAUAUACUUCCUAAUUCAAUGGGCAUGUCGAGGUUUAAUAUGCAACGUGUGCUGGGUGAGACAAUGGUGUUAAUGGUUGAUUUUGAUAAAGGCUAAAAACUAAGUUUGUUGCUUAUGCAUGACCGGGACUGUCGUAUUUAGCACUCAAGGCUACAUUUGCUUUCAGAAUGUAAAACAUGAAACAGAUUUGAAGGUACAACCACAUGGCUGGAUACAUAUUCUCUACACUGAUUUACUCCUUGUGUUUAAAUGAGUGUAGUCUUAAAUAUAAAAUGUAUUUUUUAAUGUUCUCUUAAAAUUAUUGGGCUUGUACUACAUAGCCAAUGAAUGAAUCCUCCAAAAUGACUAACAUGAGAGUUGAACAUUGUAUAAACAACCCUUCCCAUUUAGCCAUUGGAUCCACAAAGGUCAGAUUCCUUCUACUUAAAAACUGGUUUCCUUAUUUGUACACAAUCCACUUCCGUGGUUUAUGUAGCUUGACGAAUUAAGCUCGUUAGAGUAAGUCUGCCUCUUCCCUUCUGUGUUUUUGCACCAACUAAUUGUGUGUGUAUACCCACAAGAUGCUCUUGGUAUAAGCUUGCAGUUCACACUGAAAUGUGUGGAUUCUUGUCUCUGGACUGCCUAUUCGCUUUUUACUGUACGCAUCGUGUGAACACACUGGAGGACAUAGCUCUACUGCUGUACAAGUGGAUGGUCAUCAAAUAGAACAAUUCUAAUGCCUAAUUUUACUUUACAAAGGCUUUAUGGUAUAGCACUGAAGAGAAGUAGGUUUCUACUGACCGUGCCCCCUCCCCCCCUGAUUGCCUUCUCCCCCAGUGUUUGCUGUUGGCCCUCAACAGAUCACUCUUCUAUUUGGCAAUUGGGGCCCUUAUUCAGGGUAGAAAAUGUGUUGUUUUUUGUUUUUGUUUAUUUAUUAAAAUUUAAUGUACGUUUGUCAUGCAUGUAUAGAAUGUUGUGGACCCACAGUGAUGACUUGUAUUUAAGAUUUCCAAUUCAUGUAUGUAUGUAAAUAAGUGAAAAAAGUGUUAAACAGAGUUUGGCUGGAUUUCUUUCUUUCAGGCCUGAAUAACAAUGUGGAGCGAAUGUCCUCCAUACCAAUACAUGUUAACUUUAAUUUAUUUGAUGUAUAAUGUCAUUGUUGUUGUGUUAUGAAGCUUGUUAAAUGGUAUAUCGUGUCUUAUCUUUCUUAUGAACUACACAUGAAUACCAUUAAAAAUAUAUAUAUUUGUACUGCAUUAUAAAUAAUAAAAAACGCAGCACGUU